AAAGCAAGGUGUCAACAUUGAUAAACAACAUGUGUACGUUGUAUCGAGUGGCUGCUUAAUAAAAAUUCAAAGUUAUUUUGGAUCACUGUUGUACCAAGAUAGUUUUUAAAUUUAGAACUAGUUAGUUAUGGCCAACCGUUUACUUUGUUUAUCUACUACUUUUUUAAAUCCGUUAGACUGUCAAUUAUUUAAUGCAUUUCAGUACAGAGGCUUGAAACGAUGGCAACUUCUCAAGAGCCGAAAAGGUAAAAAAGCUUUGCCUAAAACUAGAAAGAGAGACGGAAAAACUUAUACUGUGGAUCACUUAUAUUGGGAAAGAUAUUUUUCAAAUGCUCCACAAGUGCUUUUAGAACGCCAAGCAGUUAAUACAAAGUCUGUUAGCCAGCUAAAACCUAAAGUGUCAAGUCCAGCAAGACUUUAUGAAACUUUCACCAAGGCAGAUAAAAGGUUGAUUUAUGCUGGUUUGUUUGGUUUAACGAGUGGAAUAAUAGCAUGGAAAAUAAUUAAUUAUUAGUUUUA